AUGAAUUUAAGUAACAUUGUUGUCUCCCUUCAAACGAAAUUCUGGUCACUCUGUCAUGUCGUUCACAGAGAACUGCAGAAUAACCUAUCCGAUGACAAACAUCUCAUUUAUCUUCGUUCAAAUCGUCUAUGUUCAAACGAUAAACAAAUAGAAGAACAAACUAAUCGAAAUGAUGGUCGCAUAAAUGAUCUGAACUUUUCCAAUAUUGGUCCAUAUUCAUUUCAACAAGAGUUUGAAGAAGUUAAACUAAAACAUUAUUAUUGUGUUGGAUCAAAUGGUUGUCCUACGGUUGGCACAAAUGUUCUGCUGGUUUGUUCAAUUAAAAGCCUCGAUUAUACUCUACUGUACGAACCUGGUGAGAAGAACCAAUCAAUAGCAAAACAUUGGUUUGAAAAGAUGGCAAGUUUAACAGACGCUGCUUGGAAAUAUGGUGAAGAUUGGACGUUUGAUAAUUUUAUGAAGGAAAAAAACUGA